AUGUCCGAGUCCAUGGUCCAGGGAGCUAACCAGGGUAUGUCUUGUACAGAGGCUCCUCCCAAGCCCGAGGAGGCAGAGGCUGAGCCCUUCACAGACUCCUCUCUGUUUGCACACUGGGGCCAGGAGCUCAGCCCCGAAGGCCGGCGCGUGGCCCUGAAGCAGUUCCAGUACUACGGCUACAACGCCUACCUCAGUGACCGCCUGCCCCUCGACCGGCCCCUGCCCGACCUCAGACCCAGUGGGUGCCGCAACCUCUCGUUCCCUGACAGCCUGCCGGAGGUGAGCAUCGUAUUCAUCUUUGUCAACGAAGCGCUCUCGGUGCUGCUGCGCUCCAUCCACUCGGCCAUCGAGCGCACGCCUCCACACCUGCUCAAAGAGAUCAUCCUGGUGGAUGACAACAGCAGCAACGAGGAACUGAAGGAGAAGCUGGCGGAAUACGUGGACAAGGUGAACGGCCGGAAGCCCGGCUUCAUCAAAGUCGUGCGCCACAGCAAGCAGGAAGGCCUCAUCCGCUCCAGGGUCAGCGGCUGGAGGGUGGCCACUGCCCCCGUGGUGGCACUCUUCGAUGCCCACGUGGAGUUCAAUGUGGGCUGGGCUGAACCUGUACUCACCCGCAUAAAGGAGAACCGGAAACGGAUCAUCUCACCAUCCUUUGAUAACAUCAAAUAUGACAACUUUGAGAUAGAAGAGUACCCACUGGCCGCACAGGGCUUUGACUGGGAGCUGUGGUGCCGCUACCUAAAUCCCCCCAAGGCCUGGUGGAAGCUGCAGAACUCCACGGCCCCCAUCAGGAGCCCUGCCCUCAUCGGCUGCUUCAUUGUGGACCGGCAGUACUUCCAGGAGAUCGGCCUGCUGGAUGAAGGCAUGGAGGUUUACGGGGGCGAGAAUGUCGAGCUCGGGAUCAGGGUGUGGCAGUGUGGCGGGAGCGUGGAGGUCCUGCCCUGCUCGAGGAUUGCCCACAUCGAGCGAGCCCACAAGCCCUACACAGAAGACCUCACUGCCCACGUCCGCAGGAACGCCCUCAGGGUGGCUGAAGUUUGGAUGGAUGAAUUUAAAAGCCACGUCUACAUGGCAUGGAACAUACCCCAAGAGGACUCAGGAGUCGACAUUGGGGACAUCACCGCAAGGAAGGCUCUGAGGAAACAGCUGCAGUGCAAGACCUUCCGGUGGUACCUGGUCAGCGUGUACCCGGAGAUGAGGAUGUACUCGGACAUCAUUGCCUAUGGGGUGCUGCAGAAUUCCCUGAAGACAGAUUUGUGUCUUGAUCAGGGGCCGGAUACAGAGAAUGUUCCCAUCAUGUACAUCUGCCAUGGAAUGACACCCCAGAACGUGUACUACACGAGCAGUCAGCAGAUCCAUGUGGGCAUCCUGAGCCCCACAGUCGAUGACGAUGACAACCGGUGCCUGGUGGAUGUCAACAGCCGGCCACGGCUCAUCGAGUGCAGUUACGCCAAAGCCAAGAGGAUGAAGCUUCACUGGCAGUUCUCUCAGGGAGGCCCUAUCCAGAACCGCAAGUCCAAGCGCUGUCUGGAGCUACAGGAGAACAGCGACCUGGAGUUCGGCUUCCAGCUGGUGCUGCAGAAGUGCUCGGGCCAGCACUGGAGCAUCACCAACGUCCUGCGGAGCUUGGCGUCCUGACCGCCCAGCGCCGCCGCCGGCCGCCCCUUUGCUACUGUGUAGCACAUGCUGCGACGUUGCCUGCUGUCUGUGUGGGGUUGUUUGGAGUCUGGGGGAGCCAGGUUGGCGGGCCCCCAACAAGAGGUUUUUAUUUCCUAUUCAAUUUUCAUGGAGUUUAUAGCAAGAUGCUAAAUGGUAGGUGAGGGUAUAAUUAUCAUGAACUAUUUUACAGCUGUAAAUAGGGGACAAAUGGAAAAUAUUUAUAACUGACAAUAAAAUAUGAUUGAUUAAGAAAAGGG